AUGAGUCAAGCGAUAGUCAAGGAGAAAUUUGGAGGAAAGUAUCGUAUCUCCCAAAGUAUAAAGGCAUUCCCAUUUGAAUGGUCAACCGAAGCGCUCAAGGGGUACUCUUUAAACUUGCUUUCGAUCCAACUAUUCCCAUUUGGCUUGUCCGUAUUGUUACCUACACAUGUAGGAAUCAUGGUCUUGGAGAAGGAGAAUCGACAUCGUAUGAUGAUGGCUAUGAACGGUUUGAAAGUGUGGUCCUACUUUUUAGCUCACUACUUUGAGUUCCUGACCAUGCAGCUUAUCGCAUCAUUCUCUUUCGCUGUGGCCUGCGUAGUUGUCCGAGAGCACUUUAUUUGGCGUACCUCCCCUUGGAUUACAUUUCUUCUUCUUCUUUUAUGGGCGCAUGUUCAGGCGACGAUGGCACUAGUGUUGUCAUCCAUCUUUUCCAAUACACGCAAGGCCACUAUGACUGUGUAUUUCUUUGUCGCAGUGUCAUGUAUCAUGAUCGGUGUCUCAGACCGAAUGUUCAAGGAUGGAGCCCCUUCCGUAUGGUAUAUUCACCCGAGCUUUGCGUUUUUUGAAAUCAUGGAAGCCAUGAUCCGCCACGCCAGUCGCGUCAACGGGCUAUAUCCCUUAGUAGCUAAGGAUUUUGCGCCUGGCACAACCUUAUUCAAGUUGACCAUGAUGCUUGUAGGCGAGAGUAUUUUGUUCUUGAUCUUGACUUUUUACCUUGACGCAGUAACACCUUCAGAGUAUGGUAUUCAUCGACCAUGGCACUUCCCUAUCACUUACUGGUUCAAGAAAUCACAGAACCUGAAGUUCUCACAGGAAAGUACGUUCCAGAGUGAGAGCGAGGUGAUUCAGGACGAGCUCGAGGGGUCCGGUGACGCAGAUGCAUAUGCUGAGCGUGAACGUGUGAAAUCCGUUUAUCAGCCAUCGACCACACCCUUAAUCAUCGAUAAGCUCUUUCACCAGUAUCCAAACAAAGCCGAGCCCGCAUUGAGAGGUCUCUCAUUAGGUGUUGAAAAUAACACUGUCCUCAGCUUACUUGGACCUAAUGGCGCAGGAAAGUCGACAUUGAUUCACUUGUUGACUGGAUUGUAUAGCCCUACAUCAGGCACAGCCUAUGUGGCCGGACAUAACAUCCACACAGACAUGUCAACGGUUCAGUCCAAAAUGGGUGUCUGUCCGCAAUAUAAUAUCCUCUGGGAUGAACUCACAGUCGCAGACCAUUUGUUGUUUUACUCUCGGCUGCGAGGAGUGCCUCCAAGCCUAGAACAACAGGCAGUCAGCCAUGCAUUGGCGUGUGUGUCUUUGACACGAUUCCGAAACCGGGCUGUCAGUGGGCUAUCUGGAGGUGAGAAACGCCGUGUCUCGAUCGCAAUUGCUCUCUUGGGUGACAAACAGGUGAUUUUCCUGGAUGAACCUUCAACCGGGUUGGAUCCUGAGGUGAGAAGGGUUAUCUGGGAUGUGAUCCAACAGGUGAAGGUCGGCAGGACCAUUGUUUUGACAACCCAUUCCAUGGAGGAAGCUGAUAUCCUAUCAGACAGGAUCGCAAUCAUGACAACAGGACAGCUUAGAUGUGUAGGAACAUCCUUGCACUUGAAAGGAUUGUAUGGAACGGGGUUCAAACUUGAUGUGACAAGCAAGCCUGGACGACUAGAGGAAGCAUGCAGAAGCUUGGAGCAAGCUGAGGGCGUAUUAAAGGGCAAGAAAUUCAGGAGAGUUGAUAAAUUUACGAACGCCACCACUUUUGAGUUUGAACUCGGAAAUGCAACCGAUGGUAGGCUCUCAACGAUCUUUGCAAAUCUGUCCCAAGCAGAUCGAUUCCCGGCAAUCGAAGACUGGGGAAUUUGUCAAACAACACUCGAGGACGUGUUCCUUCGGAUAGUAACCAGCGGACCAUCUGCUCUUGCAGCGCCAGCUAUAAUCAACCAUGAGCCGUUAGAGACGUGA